AUGCAGCAGGACCUGCGGCGCUUCAACGCCAGGCAUAUGCAACGCCAGGAGUCAUCCGACGGCAGCACCAACAGUCUGCAGUCCCCCACGGCUCGGUCUCGCUUUUCGUCCGACACCUUCAGUCAGCGUAAAAUGCGCCCCACUCAGCCGGCCUAUAGCCCCGGGUUCCAGCCCGACGACGCCAAGCCUCAGAUGUCCGGCCGCUAUGCGCAGCAGCUGCACAUGCAGGGCAUUGUCAACCCGCUUGCUCUACAGGGUGGUCCUCAACAGCAACAGCAGUGGUCCAAUAACCUCGGCUUUAAUCCUUUUGAUGUGAUGGACCUCAUGAACUUGGCUGACUAUGCCAACUUGUCAUUCGAUGACAGCCAAAUGGCCUCACUCAUGUUCAACAGCCAGAUGCCCAUGAACUACAUGCCGUCGGGGUUUUUUGUCGACCCUAAGAACGACUGCGAAGACUUCAACCAGUUCCUCAAUCGAAUCCGACGGAGAUCGCCUCCAUCUGAUUUCCUUUUGCCUUUUUAUCGCUGUAUGGCGUGA